AUGCUAGUAGCCGUCUACAAUCCAGUCGCUGGGGGCUGCACAGCAAAGCAAGUCUUCGAGGACGAGGUCUUCCCAUUGCUGGCGCAACACAAGAAAUCUCAACUCAAACAGUUCUCAACUGAACACGCUGGGCACGCAGGGGCCCUCGUGAAAGAGCUGAUCGACUCACUCGACGCAGGCGUGCAAGAGAUCACUGUCGUUUUGGGCUCCGGAGAUGGCACGUUGCAUGAAAUUAUCAAUUCAGCGACGACCCUCAACGGAGGCAGAAAUGUCAAGGUUUCGAUCGUAUUGAUCCCAUGUGGCACAGCCAAUGCCCUGUACUACUCGGUAUUCCCGCCGGGCGAGGGAGAGGGCCCCCAUGACCGACUCAGGUCGCUCAAGUCAUACCUCGGUGGCGGAACACGCAAACCCAUCACGGUGGCUGUCACCACGCCCGUAUCGGCGAGCGGCGAACGAAACCCGCACCCAUUGCUGUCGUCUGUAGUCGUCUCGACGGCGCUCCACGCGUCAAUCCUAUAUGACUCCGAGAGCCUCAGAAAGGAGAUGCCGGGAAUUGAGCGGUUCAAAGUGGCUGCUCAGCAAAACCAGACAAGAUGGUACCAUGCAACCGCUGAGUUUACGCCGAUCCCUGGUUCGGGCGACGUACAAAUAUACGACCCUUCGACCAAACUGUUCCGUACGGUCUCCGAAAGUGCCACAAAGUUAGAGGGACCAUUUGCGUACUUCCUUUCGACGGUCAAUGUUGAUCGACUGGAGGUGGCAUUUAGAAUAACACCGCUGGCGGUGUCGCUGCCCCCGAGCGAGGCUUGUCUGGAUGUGGUUGUUUUGCGACCUCUGCGCCAUCCUGACACGACAUCUGAGUCGGAAGAGUGUAGAAAGGAGUACGUGAAUCAUUUGUGGGGUACUAUGACUGGUGCAUAUCGUGGUGGGGACCAUGUGAAUAUUCGAUAUAGCAAUGGGGAAGCAGCAGUUGAAUAUUAUAGAUGUGGGGGCUGGAAAUGGAUACCGGCUGUGGACGACGAGCGUGCUCAUAUGAUUUGCACCGAUGGUUAUAUCACCCAGAUCGAAAGAGGAGGUCAUGCGUCGUGUUCGAUAGGAAGUCAAGUUGACAACGAACAAUUUGCGAUAUACGCGUGA